AUGCUGGCCCAGAGAGUUGCUCAGCAGUCGCUGCGGCGGUGUAAGUGCAGCUGGGAGCAUUGCUAGGGGAGAACCUUUCGCUGACAGUCCUUACAGUAGCCGCAAAGCCCAACAAUGUCUACCGAUUCGCAGCGCCGGCAGCAGUCGCCAUGGGAGUCUUUAACAACGGUAGCGUACAGAGGAGGUCAGAAAUAUCAACGACGAUGGUGUAGUCCUGUCUCUGACAAGCCUCCAGACUCGUCGCCGCGCAAACCGUCACAGAAGAUUCCGCCCGGGACAACAUCCUCGGUAUGAGAAACCACAAUCCCAUAAGCAAAAGAGCAAGGAACAAAGACCCUAACACCAUAUGCCUACAGCGAACCAACGCCUCAACCGCCCCGUAGCACCCCACCUCGCCAUCUACCGCCCCCAGAUCACCUGGUAUCUCUCCGCCCUGAACCGCAUCACAGGCUGUGCUGUAAGCGGCGCCUUCUACCUCUACGGCGCCCUCUACCUCGUCGCUCCGAUGCUCGGCUGGCACGUGGAAUCCGCCGUCCUUGCGGCCUCGUUCGCUUCGUGGCCGAUCUUCGCACAAAUCCUGACAAAGGUCACGCUUGCGCUGCCGUUUACUUUCCAUUGCUUGAAUGGUGUGAGGCAUUUGGUUUGGGACACUGCUAGUAUGGUAAGAUUGUUGGAAGCACGAAGAUAUGAGUCAACGCGUGCUGAUUUGGGGCACGACAGAUUACAAACAAGAAGGUCAACCAGAGCGGAUGGGUAAGUAGAGAGGUCAGCUCGAAAGCCCCGUGAAUAUGCUAACAGGAAAACAGUUCGUCGUCGGUGCCAGUGUGGUCAGCGCACUUGCCCUUGCCUUCAUAUAG